CGGGGAAUGUGAAAGGUGUUGAAUUAGUCGUACACAGACGAAAUCCUUUGUAGUUACUCGGUGGUUAUGGCAGAGAGUGGGGGACCCCUUAUUGCGGCGGAAAGCCCUAAAGCACAUCCUCAAGACAGUACUGAGACAGCUGGGACUGAUGAAGGAAAUUCUGCAUCUGUAUCUAAUGGCCUGUCCCAUGCCCAGCAAGAAGUUCUGGAACGCUGUUUGCACGCACUCACUCACGCCAAGAAUGACAGCCAUACGCUGGCAGCACUACUCCUGAUUACACGGCUGUGUCCUGCAAAACAGCUGGACAGUGGGACACUCCAUCGCAUAUUUGAGGCAGUGGGGUUGAACCUGCCAGCCCGUCUUCUGGUCACAGCGGUCCGGGGGAGCGAUGGCUCUGGACUGCCCCCUGAAGAGCUGCUUUCUCUGGGCACUGCCCUUCUGGCUGCCCUGAGCACGGACCCAGGCAUGGCAGCCCACCCUCAGUUCCUCAGCACCAUCCCACUCCUCUUGGGGCUUGUGGCAGAUGGACCUCCUCAGAGCUCUAAGAACCAGAGUGGAGACCCUGGCUCCCCAUGUCCUCCAACUGAGGAGUAUGUGUCAUCACCUAAACCCAAACACGCUGACCAAGCAUGUCGCGAAGGCAUCGCCACAGCCUCAGAUACACAACGGGCAUCUUCAGGAGUCAAAGGACCAGGACAACACCAGGGAGAUCGGGAUUCCUCUACUCCAGGGAAGGGUGCAGAAACUGCAGAUGGGAGAGAGCAGAAUCCUAGCACCUCCUUGGAUGAGGCUUUGGCUGCUGACUGCUACCAGGUCCUGAACACCAUAUGUGCUUUGCCUCGAGGCCCAGAACAGCUCCUUAACCGUGGCGCGGUGCCUGCCCUGUGCCGCGCUGUGACUGGUCAGCAGACCCUCAGCCGUGAAAAGGGACUGCCUCUCCUCGGGCAUCUCCUCUCGAGCGGUGUCAGGGAACGGGCUUGGACCAGACAUCAGCCUGAGCUGCUCUCAUUGCUGGAAUUUGUGUGCUUAAAUUUCUGCCAGAUCUCAAACCAAGAGAGGCUGCAGAUGUGCUCUUGCUUGCCACAGUUCCUACCCCCACCAGGAGGGGCAGUAGAGUGCACAGAACUUAAAAGGAUUGUAUCGAAUCUGUGGCAAGCAGUACGACCAAUGGUUCAGUCCAAGCUCACUACGGCCCAUCUGGGUCCGGUUUUGGUCUUAUCUGCCUGCCUGUUGGACCUCUGUAGGUGGGAUAACGUUGGGCCUCCCAAAUUCUGCUGUCUGCUGGUGAACCGCGCUUGCGUGGAAAUAAGGAUGGGUCUGGAGGAGCCGCCUGGUACAGAGCUGUCCCCACAGCAGCAGCACACUCUGACGGCCUGCUACCGCAUCACGGAAGCUGCUAUGGAGCAAGCCUGCAGCCAGGGGCUUGGAAACACUUCAACCCAGUCUCAGAGUGCCGUCUCUGGGCUAAGUCUGCAGCAGAGCAGGCAGGUCCUUGAUGCUCUGGAGGAAGCUUCCUCUGCCAUGAUUUAUUAUUUGAAACAGGUUGGCCAAAGUCAAUAUGACGACCCAUUUAUUUAUGCUACCUUCCGGGCUCUCUGCGCUUGGCUGGCUGAGGAGACCUCGUGCCUAAAGGACGAAGUCACAGACCUCCUGCCCUUUCUGAUUGGUUAUGCCGAAAGCUUCCUGCAGGGAGAGAGGAAAGGCAAAGGCCUUGCUAAUUGGAUGUCAGAAAUGUCUGUUAAUGACAGGUCACAAGAGGGAACGUGGACUGGCGAGGAUCCUCUGAGGUAUCUCCUCCCAGCUCUGUGCCACCUCUCGGCUGAGGAGGGCCCACGGCGAGUGCUACUCACUCUGGACACGCCAGCCUUGCUGGUGGGCUUCCUGAACCGUGGCUGGGGAGUCCUGAGGGGACAGAGUGGGAAGACCGUCACCCGAGACCCCAGCAUGGAAACAGCCUGCUCCGCACUGCUCAAUUUCGUCGUGACUGAGCCAGAAAGAGUCAGGACGGAUGCCUGUUUUGCAUCUCUUGAGACCCUUCUGAGUGAAGCACUUCCUGUCCUCUUACACAAGCCACGCCUCUUGGUUCUGACAGCCAAUUUCUGCACUCUGGGCCUCAUGACAGGCCGGCUGAAACCUCCCUCCACAGGCCCAGCUGAGCCAGCUCAACGACAGUUCUUCUCAGUUACUCUGCGGUUCCUCUUAAGCGCCCUAGAACCCGGUACCCUUGACGGCCAGGUGCGGAUCAGCAGGUUGUGGGAGGAGUGGUGGGAGGAGGCUGGGGAGCUGUGGAGGCUGAGUCUGCAGGCACUGGGGGACUGUGUGAGAGCCUUGCCCUGGAUAACAGCAGUGGUCAGAGAGGAGGGGUGGCUCCAGAACACCCUCAGCAUUCUGAGCUCCGGCAGCGUUCUCCCUGACCCUCAGACCGGAGACGCGCUAGAGGAGGCUCUGAGUGCCAUGGCCAGCCAUUGUCAGCUCUGUCGCCAAGACAUCAGGGCACACAUGAGGAAGGAGGCAAAGAGCGCCCUCUACUGUAUGACUCGGUUAAAGAAAUCCCUGUCAGAUUAAUUUUCUUUGUCAAGUUCCUUACUUUUUCAGGCAUG